CUUCUCUCCCUCAGCGUUGAUGCUGGUGAGGAGGGGGGUCGGAGGCAGCACCUUGCUGUGUGUGUGUAUGUGUGUGUGUGUGUGUGCAUAUAUUCCGAUCUGGCAGAUAUCGGUGUGUGUGUGUGUGUGAGAGGAAUGAACGGCGCAUAGGCUGCAGCUCAGCGAGGCGAGGAUAACGUUGGAGAAGGAGUGAAAAGUCCAAGUUGUGGAGCGCCGGUGCUCACACUCACCCGGUCUGGUCUGUUCCGCAAAGUGCUGUUUCUCCGUGUCUGCACCCUGUGGGAGCUUUGGGGAGCACCUGCACUGAGGAGAGCACAUUCCUCAGGAUUGCACAAUUGGGACGCGUCUCGGUUUAUCAGAAAAGGUCCAGGAUGGCUCUGAAUCUGUGUGCAGCUGGGCGGCCGAUCCUCUUUGUUCUAAUGCUGUCAGUCUUUUUAGGAGAAGGUGCAGCCUCCUCCAUAGUUAACAUGCGUAGAAUCACACAUCCUACAGUCCAACAAACGCUGGCAGGCAAAGCCGUCCUCUCCUGUGUCUUCACCCUCCAGACCAGCUCCUCCCCCCAGCCCCCCCACAUCCUGUGGACCCGCAUCAGAGGACCAGCCGAGGGACAGGGGGCUCCUCAUGAGCAGACUGUGCUUUCUGCUAAAGGUGAUGUAAUAAAGGUGAAUAAGGCUUUCAGUGGCCGCGUCAUGCUGCCAGGAUACGCUGCCAAUGCUCUGAAUGCUACCAUGGAGAUCUCCAGUCUCCGCACCAACGACUCAGGCACUUACCACUGUCAGGUUGUCAUGGGCAACGACUAUGAGAGAGACACUGUGCCCCUGGUGGUAUCCGGCGUGGUGUUUCACUAUCAGGCUCCCAGCUCCAGAUACGCCCUCUCGUUCACCGACGCCCAGCGGGCCUGCCAGGAGAACUCGGCUCAGAUGGCCACACCUGCCCAGCUGUGGGCGGCUUACUAUGACGGCUUCGCCAGCUGUUCGGCAGGAUGGUUGGAUGAUCAGACUGUCCGCUAUUCUGUCCAGCUGCCAGAGCUUGGUUGCUAUGGACACAAGGAGUACUCUGCUGGAGUGAGGAAUUAUGGGAAGAGGGACCCGAAAGAGCUUUUUGAUGUUUACUGUUAUGCAAAAGAACUGGAUGGUGAAGUGUUCCACUCCUCGGUCCCAGGCAGGCUGUCCCUGUCCUCCGCCUCAGACCGCUGUGUGUCCCUGGGGGGGCAGCUGGCCACCGUGGGGCAGCUCUAUCUGGCGUGGAGGGCCGGCUUGGACAGCUGCGCCCCGGGCUGGCUGUCUGACGGCAGCGUGCGCUACCCUGUGACCUGGCGUCGCCCGGACUGUGGGGGGGGCCAGCUGGGGGUCCGCACCAUCACACCCAACAGCACAACUGACAAUACCACAGCGCUGUAUGAUGCUUACUGCUACAGAGGUAAAAUGAAGGAUUCGGGCUCCAUCUCUCAGAUCUACACCUCCCUGUGGGAGCCCUGGAGCUACCUCACAGACUCCAGUGAUGCUAACUCUGCAGGGACCGGCAGCCCGGACGUGACUACACAGCAAACCACCACUGCCAGAGAUGGCAGCAGCGCUUCACCUUCAAACUGGACAGGAUUGGUCGACCUUGAAGACGAGGCCUCGCUUCACAGCGCUGAUGCCUCCUCAGACCCCUGGUCUGCAGAGUCUUCAGGGUCCUUUGUAACGCUCCAGCUGAUCCCAGGACAGAUCCUCUCAGACUGGGGAGAGCCACUGGAGCCCGGACCCGACUCAGACCAGUUCCUCCGACCACCAGUCCACCCUACUGUGGCUGACAAGAAGGUGAUCUCAAAGAUCGUGAAGUCCGUCUGGAAGCCUUGGAACUACCUGGCCGGGAGUGAAGACGAGGAAGGAACCCAAGCACCGAGCAAACAGACAGAGGAAGAGGAGACAGUCCCGAAAAAGACAGAAGAGGAGUCAAAGCCAUCCGUUGAACCAUCCAAACCAGGUUUGUUUUCUUGGGGAAGUUCAUGGUUCAGCGAUCCCUCGAGCAAAAACUCUACACCAGCCAGUGAAGAAUCGCCCACUCGUCUGGCAUCUACUUUGGACGCCUCCAGUAACUCUCAGACUACAGAGAGCAAAAAGAGAGGGGAGACUUCAGAGAUGCUCACGUCCACCGCCUCCAGCUCUGCACCCAGAAUCAACUCAUCCAGCGGGGAAACCUGGGUCCGCGUUGAAUCAGCGACCACAACCCAGCCGGGUUACAAGAGGGAGGAGACGGUGACCUCCAGAGGCAGCGGCAGAGGAGGCAGAGGAAGGGGGAAGAAGAACAGAGGAGAGGACAGGAGCAGAGGAGAGGAGAAGGGGAAAGGAGAAGAAGAAGGGAGUGGAGAGAUCAGUGGCGUAGAAGCAAAAGGGGAGAUACAAGUUUCACGUCGACCAGCGGAUUCAGGCAAACCAAGAGAAAGAUCCAGAGAAAGAUCUAGAGAGAGGGGCCACAGGAAGGGACAGUCCACUACCACAGCAACUCCCACCACUACUGCUGGUCCUCUGGGGAUGACAACAACUGAAACUGUUGAUUUAUCUUCUUUAUCCCCGUCCACCUCUCCAUCAAGCUCAACAGAUACAAGCCCAUCCCCCUCCCCGUCUCAGUCUGUUACUGCGUCCCCAUCUCCAUCUCCAUCCCCAGCUCGUUCCCUGUUUGAAUCUCAAUCACCCUCCUCCUCCCCAUCCCCAACUUCCUCACCUCCAGCCAAUUCCCAAACCCCAUUCCUUUCCACAUCACCUUCAUCCCCUCGUUCCGAUUCCCCGUUUCAAACCACCGGAUCAGGAGACCCCGCUCCAUCCACUCACUCAGACAGCCAGGACAGCUCUACUGACCCUCUGUCCUCGUCUCACUGGGUCCCGGUGGAGAAAGCCGUUGUGAACAGCUCUCUGGAUUAUCCUACAUUACUGUCAGGACCCCAAGACAUGGAGGAGCCCGCCUGGUCUCACACUGUGGGGUCAGGGGCCCUGUUACCUGGCAACAUGGAGGAGGAAAGUAACAGAGGGGGAGUCAACAUCAGCAAUAUGACCCUCAGCCCCUCAGACGAAUUGGAGCCCUGCGUGACAAACCCAUGUCUGCACGGAGGAAAGUGCCUUCCACAGGGAACGGGCUACAGCUGCUACUGCCCACAGGGAUACACUGGAGAGAACUGUGAGAUUGAUGUCGAUGACUGCCAGUCCGAGCCCUGUGAAAAUGGAGGCACUUGCAUUGACAAGAUUGAUUCGUUCCUCUGCCUUUGCCUGCCCAGCUAUGGAGGAGACACGUGUGAGAAAGAUGUAGAAGGCUGCGAGCACGGUUGGAGGAAGUUCCACGGCCACUGCUACAGGUACAUCACUCACAGACACACCUGGGAGGAUGCAGAGAAAGACUGCAGAGAGCACAGCGCUCACCUCAGCAGCGUCAUCUCAGCCACUGAGCAGGAGUUCAUCAACGGUCUGGGACACGACAACGCCUGGAUCGGUCUGAACGAUCGCACAGUGGAGGAAGACUUUCAGUGGACUGACAACAACGAUCUGGUAUAUGAGAACUGGAGGGAGAGCCAGCCAGAUAACUUCUUCGCAGGUGGAGAGGACUGCGUGGUGACCAUUGCCCACGAGGACGGCAAGUGGAACGAUGUGCCCUGCAACUACAACCUGCCCUACAUCUGCAAGAAAGGCACAGUGUUGUGUGGGACCCCGCCCGCAGUGGAGAACGCCCAUUUGAUUGGUCGCAGGAGGUCACACUACGACAUCCAUGCAGUGGUUCGCUACCAGUGCUCCGAGGGCUUCUUCCAGCGUCACAUCCCCACCGCCCGCUGCCGGGCUGACGGGAGCUGGGAGAGACCCAGGAUCAUCUGCACAAAGUCCCGGCGGUCACACCGGUACAGACGCCACCAUCACAGUCAGCACAACGAGCGCCGCGGACACAGGAGACACGGAGGAGAUGGACACAAGGCCAGAGAGGACGCACACAGCUACUACUGAACCAAAUAAUACAGCGUCUGCAAAGCCCAUGUGCUAACCACGGCCCAUAAAGAAAGACAGUAGCUCACCCCCAUUUCCUUUCCUGCUUCUAACCAUGCUCCGUUUGGCUUUAUUCCUCCUUAACAAUUAGGUUUUCUUACUCUAACAUACUGUACAGUUUAUCUCCAUAACCACUCUCCCGGUGUUUUGAUGCUUCUUUAUGUUUUCACCCUGCUUCCUUUAACCAAGGUCCAUGCGAACACUAGCUAUGACACUAACUCCCUCUCUAACAUCUGAGUAAAGUUAAUCCUCUUCCUGUCUACGAACUAAACCCCGCUCAGUCUGUCUGACUGACAGCAGUGUGUGACGUAUGCAUGUGAGAAACUUAGAAAAGUGCUGAGUCACUUUUUGCAAAGGUUUGCUUGUUCUACAUGAAAACGAUUCUCAUACUAGUAUUCUGUUUACAAAGCACAGAUGUAAUUGAUGCAUUUAGUCCCUGGAGACCCUGAGCUUUUUGUAUGUGUACUGUAGCUGUUACUUUUUCCAUAGAGAAACUGAGAGCUGACCUGUUUUUAUUCUACUGACAUGCUUUUUCUAAUCUUUGCUAUGUUUUUGUGUUAUGUUACUAUUUAUUAUAAAUCGUUUGCUAGUGAGUAUGCUUUCAUUGUUUACUUAUACUUCAAAGAGCCGACUUAACAUCAUUUUCUUUACCAAUAUAUAAGUCCAACAGUCAACAAUAAACUAAAUUAAUCAUUUGAUUGCCUCUAAACUAAUCUCUGUAUUGUAAAUAUUGUGGUGUUUGUUUUUGGCUGAUCCCUGAUCAAUAGUUGGACCUUGUCUAAUGAAAUAGAUCCCCCCAUUCCUAUAAGCACUCUCAACUAAUGAAAAUGUCCCGAUAACAUAGAUAGUGUUGAUGGGGUUAUACUUUAGGAGAUAACCACUUGAUUGUAUCUGAAUUGCUAAAUACUUUCAAUCUUUGCACGGCUAUUUUUACUUUGAUGAGUAGAAUGACACCAUUUUUUGUCUUUGAUAUUUGAUCGGUCAUUCACUUUUUUGGUGUUCUUGUGACUUUUUGUCCUGCUGUUGUAUUCCAUUCUUAAUAAAGUAAAAAAAUGAACAAUAGCA